AUGUCUUGGACCAGUUGGCUGAGCUCGGGCGAUUCGUCGGCUCGAGCGCGUAAUCUGACUGGCGCACAUAUCAGAUGGGCUGCAGUCACGAAUCACCCACAGAUCGCACCCUACUUCAGUGCAGCCUUUCGCAAGGACAAGGCCACCUACGCUGCCAUGUCCUGUGAGGCCGAUCUCGUGGCACUGGCCGAAUGUGAGUACAAGAACCCUCACGACGACGGCAAGUGUGAGCCUUACCGGUUGCGCUCGCUUCUCUGCAUGGAAUCUGUGGUCAACCCCGCGCGAGCGGAGCAGUUCACCACGUGCCUGAGAACGGCCGGCAACCCGAGCGCGGUCCAGGCGAAGUGCAUGCCCAUCUUCGAAGACGUGCUGAAAGACCUCGAAAAGGCGUCGGAAGACGCACCGCUGCCACUCACUCCACAGGAGAAGCAGGUCGUCCAAGAGUGUGAUCAGCCUGACAAGGGCGAAGAGGCCAGGAUGGAGGAAGGUAUGGCGUGCUUCAUUCCUCGCGUGUGCGCCAGCCCCUACGGCAGCUUCCACUCGUGCGUGGAGGCCAAUGGCGGAGACAUCGACAAGUGCGUGCCGGAGGGCCAGCAGGUCAUGGAGUGCUGGGGCGAUUUCUGUGUGCGCAUGUACCGCGAUCAGAACGUGGAGACAGCUGCCGACCACUGA